UCCCGACACCCCCUGGGGCUGGGGCUUGUCCCGUCGUGCCCCGCGGCCGGCGCUGGCUUUUCCCGACACCCCCCGGGGCGCGGCGGCGGCGGUCUCCGCGGACAAGAUGGCGGCCCGAGGGGGACGGGCGGCGGCUCCGCAGGGCCCGGGCGGCGUCAACAUCUUCGCCAACGACGGCAGCUUCCUGGAGCUCUUCAAGCGCAAGAUGGAGGCGGAGCAGCGGGGGCGGGAGGCGCCGGCCCAGGGGGGGCAGGAGGCAGCGGCCGCCGGGACGGUGGGGCCUGGGGAGGAGCCGGCGGCAGGGGCGGCCCCGGGGGACUCCGGGACUGAGCAGCAGCGGCCGCCGGAGGGGAAGAAGAGGAGCGGGAGCGCGCUCAGCUUCGUGGGCAAGCGGAGAGGUGGCAACAAACUAGCCCUGAAGACAGGAGUGGUAGCAAAGAAGCAAAAGACCGAGGAGGAGGUUUUGACAAGUAAAGGAGAUGCCUGGGCCAAAUACAUGGCAGAAGUGAAAAAAUACAAAGCCCACCAGUGUAGCGAUGACGACAAAACGAGACCCCUUGUUAAAUAGCCCUUCUUUCUGCUGACUUCCACGAGGACGCUCUGUUGUACAUACUUAUUUAAAACAGCGAAGGAGGGUAGCUAGGCACUGUGAACUUAACACAGCAGUUCCUAGCGUUGGCUCCAAUGGAUGGUUCCCACAGAUGUUUUUUUAUCUAUCCAGGCGCACCGAGACUUUCAUUAGUCUGUCGUUUACUUAGUUUUGGUUUUCGUUGGUUCCUGCUGGGAAGUA